CUCACUAUUGCAUCCCCCCUUUUUUCCUAAACUAGUUCAUGGGUACAAGGAUAGAGGAAUGGACGCAGAGACACACUUUCACUUGGAACAUAUGAGUUUCACGGCAGGGCAAUUAUCUGGUUUGAUUAUCACCAACCUUGUAGCAUCUAUCAUGUCCUUGGCGGGUACAAUUUGUGUCCUCAUUGUUCAUGGUAUCAUUUUAGCUUAUCGCCCAAAGGUUGUAAACAGACUAUCUCUCAGACUGAUCGUCCUCUCCAGUAUAUUUGAUGGCGUUUAUUCUGCUAGUCAGAUAGCAGUAGAUCAUAUCGACAGCAGACAAUCAUCCUGUCGGGUACUUGCUUAUAUUUUAAUAUCAACGGACACAAUGGCCUGUAUGUGCUUGGCGGUUAUUGGCUUAAAUCUGGUGAUGAUCUUGGCUAUGAAGGUAUCAAGGACAAAGAAGCUUGAGAUAUUCUAUUAUGUUAUCAUUGCUGUUUCUGGUGUACUAGUAUCCGUCGUACCUAGACUUGCACCUCAUAUCAGUGGCCCAUUACCUAAUGAGAUAGUUGCCUCUUGCUGGUAUCAUUAUUAUUUUGAAGGUCGGAUGAGAAAUCUAUUCAAUUGGCUUUGGUAUUAUGGAUGGUUACUCUUUUCUUCAUUAUUUGCGGCCAUGUAUGCCAUCAUUGCAAUUGUCUUUAUCGUUCGAGCCCGUGGAAACUAUGCUGGCGCACUUGAUCUACAAUCUCGAAAGCAAGAUACAGCUAUUAGCUCCUUGUACAUUCUCAGAAAACAUGGCAACACCACCGAUGUUUUUCGGAAAAUAGCCAUUCGGUGUAUUUGUUAUCCUUUAGUGCCUCUCAUUUCAAAAAUUUGGGGAGUGAGUAUAGAGAUAGCGGUUGCAGCAAAUGCACAUAUUCCUUACCCUGUAUUCAUUCUAGAUCGAUUAUUUUCUAGCUUACUAGCUUUCAUGGUCUCUUGUAUUUAUUUUACAGACCCUGCUAUUUGUACAGUGUUUGGUGAGAUCAUGGAUACGAUUAAGAGAAGAUAUGUGUACGACUACUACACAGUCUUAUUUCAACCUGAUCCUGAAUCUGAUGGAGAUGAUGCCGAUUACCCUAAAAUCAUCAGAAUCGCUCCUGUUCGAGGUGAAGGCCGAGGAGAACACGCAAGAAUUUCGGCUCUGAUAGAAGAUAUAAAGAAGAAAUUGCUUGACGUUGGAUCAGAGGUGGACGUAGGUGGGGUUUUUCCAGCAGACGAUGACGAAAGUAUCAAUAUGUAUGCACAUAUCUCACGCGUUCCCUCAGUCGAAUUACAGACAACCAAGGGUCAACGCACUAGCUCACUCGAAAAGCUUUAUGACAUCGUUACGGUGACAUCCAAAAAUGGCAGAGUUUAUUUACCCAACAACAAGUUCACAGAUAAUGCAAGUCGAUCAUUCAAAUCGUUCCCACAGCGCUCUCGGGCCUUUAUUAUUCCUCUUUUAAAACUGAACAAGUCAGACAAUGGAUCAUCUGACCACUUUAAUGGUGCACCCGGCCCUUCCUAUCAACGGAACGAGCUUGGAGCUGUUGAAAGCCUUAGGCCAUUCAAACACCCGCUCACAGCAAGGCUCUUACAUUGGUUACUGGUACAUGUCUUCAGAGUUAAGCCGAUGGCAGUGACCGUCCCACCUUCGACGAUCAGGAUAAGCGACGCAGCCAAUAGGACUAAAUCAGCCGUAACCUCCGAUGCAUCAACUUCUAAACCUAGCGAGAAUAAGGAUUCAACAACUAUCGAUCGCAGUCGCAACCUAUCUGCUUUAUCUUCGGCUGUAUCAUUUGCACCACUAUCUGUUGCGUCUCAAGAUGACUUACUGACCGACAAUCGAUUUGCAACUGAAUCCGAGAUUGAUUUUCAAAAUGAUACAGCUCAGGUAUCCAACGUAUCUCCUGAUCCGUCCUUUCGGCAUGUAUUUAAUGGUGCUUCUGAGCUUCAAGAGAAAAGAAAGCGCCUAAGGCGAAUCUCAAGUAUAAACAUUGGCAGUCUGCAACGAUCGCCAGAGUACAAGGAUGACAUUGCAUUACAAGUACUUCAGGAUAAUACCGGCCCUGCAGAAGAAAGUACGAACAGUUCUUCAUCACCGGCUGUCAAGUUUUCUACGCCGAUGCUCAAUCCAAGCAAGCUCAUUUUAUCUAUAGGCAACAGACGGCCGUCAGCCUCGCUGAUAUGGAACAAAUUCUCUCGGCCGAGAAGUAAGAGCUUUAGUUUUGAAGCUUCAAGAGAGAUCGAUAACGCAGACCCUAUUGAGCUGCAACAUGUUGAUCUAAAAACAAGCAACGAAGAAGAGCAGGCUGUGAUUGAUUCGGACAUAAGAAAGUAUAACCGUACAUCUGCCACUUACUCAGAACGCGAGCAGCUGUAUGAACCAUCCGUUCGUGAACCUCUACCUCGGUUUCCAAGCCAGCUCUGUCCUCGCCCGGCAAGGCAGUAUUCAAAAUCGAGCAUUCCAAGAGCGACAGCAAGAGAGUAUACGGAGGGCAGUGCUUCUACAUUUGGUGAGUUGCUUUUGGAAAACAGAGCCGGUCAAAGAGAGCAACGCUUACCUCGAGCAAGCACAUCAGAAGAUAUAACUGAUUACUAUUAUUUGGAAGACAAUUCUGACAGUUUGAACACUUUUCAAAACCAAUCAUCCAAGGCAGUAAUAAUGCCUAUUUUAUCUAAUUAUAGCAAUGGAGCAAUGACUAUACAAAAGCCACAAGAUUGGGAGGACAUGAAUAUAGACUUAGAGUAUGGAAUUCCCGAAGAAUGGGAAGCUAUUGUAGACGAACAAGUGAAAAGACGUAUUAGUAAAUUAUCUCCUCAAAUAUAGAUUCUUUUUUAUGUAAAUUAUGUGUAAAUAAUAAAUG